AUGAUUGGUAAUUCAAUAUUGGAUAUGGUGAAUAUAAAUCCGGUAUUAACAGCCGCCGAUACAAAUGAAAUAAUACCAAUGCAUGAACAAUCGAAUCAUAAAGGUGGUGUUGCCGCCGUUAUUGAAUAUGGUAUUAAAACAAAUAGUGCAACGUUAAUUUUAAAUACAACAACAAUGAAUCAAACUGAACAGCAAUUAAUGCCUGAUUUAUUGUAUCGACAUUCGAUGGGUUUAACAAUAUUAUAUUGUGUUGCAUAUUUGUUUGUGUUUGCUCUCGGUUUGGUUGGUAAUUGUUUUGUAAUCGCUGUUGUAUUUCGUACACCCCGUAUGCGAACCGUUACAAACUUUUUUAUUGUUAAUUUAGCUGUUGCUGAUAUAUUGGUCAUUGUGUUUUGUCUACCAGCAACAUUAAUGUCCAAUAUUUUUGUUCCUUGGGUACUCGGUUGGUUAAUGUGUAAAACGGUUCCUUAUGUUCAAGGGGUUUCAGUAGCAGCAUCUGUAUACAGUUUAAUUGCUGUAUCUGUUGAUAGAUUCAUUGCAAUAUGGUGGCCAUUAAAGUGCCAAAUCACAAAACGUCGCGCUCGGAACAUAAUUAUCAUGAUAUGGCUAAUAUCAUUCAUUACAACAAUACCAUGGGCAUUAUUUUUUGAUUUAGUGGUAAUAUUUAGUGAUGCACCUGAAAUACAAUUAUGUUUAGAAGUAUGGCCUGAUUCAUUAAAUGGUGCAUUAUACUUUCUAAUUGCAAAUUUAGUAUUAUGUUAUAUUUUACCAAUGAUUUUAAUAACAAUGUGUUACAUAUUAAUAUGGAUUAAAGUCUGGAAACGGCAUAUACCAUCCGAUACUAAAGAUGCCCAAAUGGAACGUAUGCAACAAAAAUCCAAAGUAAAAGUUGUUAAAAUGUUAGUGGCUGUUGUUAUAUUAUUUGUUUUAUCAUGGUUACCAUUGUAUGUAAUAUUUGCUCGAAUUAAGUUUGGAGGUGAUAUUGAAAUAUGGGAAGAAGAAAUUUUACCAAUUGCCACACCGAUUGCACAAUGGUUGGGUGCAUCAAACUCUUGUAUAAAUCCAAUUUUAUACGCAUUCUUUAAUAAGAAAUAUCGUCGUGGAUUUAUGGCUAUCAUUAAAUCACGUCGUUGCUGUGGCCGCUUACGUUAUUACGAAACAGUUGCUAUGAUGUCUUCAUCAACAUCCAUGCGUAAAUCAUCACAUUAUUAUAACAACAAUACAUCAUCGACACGACGUAUUCCCCCACCACAACCCCCUCUCACAGUGACAGCUUGUACAACCAUACAUGACAGUGCUGUAUCAUAUAUUUGUAACAAUACGGGGGUGUAAAUCCUUGGAAGGGAUUUGUGAACCACAUCAUAUAAUGUGGGGUUGUCAUUAAAAUAUUUUUUAAACUCCGGCCAUAAUUUUUAAAAUUUGUAGAAGACUUAAUUAUUCAAGUCUUCAUGGUAGAGAACACGGCCGUGAUUAUAUAUAUUACAUAACAAUUACACUAUGGAUCAUGCGCACGUUUUGGUAGUGCAAUAUUAAUUGUUAUGUAUUUUGGCUUUGUAUCAACACAAAAACCAUCUCGUAUCGUCAUUUUAGAAAGCAUUAUUUUAGGAA